GGCGGCCGGAUCGGCGACGCGGCGGUGUCGGCCGAUUACCGAGUCGCGGUGUUUGGUGCUGGAGGCGUCGGUAAAUCGUCGAUUGUUCAACGAUUUGUUAAAGGAACAUUCUCAGAGAAUUAUGUGCCAACUAUUGAGGACACCUAUAGACAGGAAUUUCGUCUUCAAGAAUGUGCCACGCUAUUGACAAAUGAGGACGAUAAAUCUUUUGGAGGAAUCGGAUUUCCUAUGUGA